AUGUCAGGCGCCGCCCUUAAUUAUUCCACCCGAGACGGGGAAAAGUUAAGUAGAAUAAAAAGUGAGUUAAAGCAAGUGUAGGCGGGAUGGUCUAGUGGUAAGAACAAAGUGUUUCCAAGUUUUUGAAGCCAGGAUCGAUUCCUGUUGUAGCCAACGGGCAUUUUAAUGGAGGGAACCUUUUCUUGACGCUGAGGAAAAGGUUCCGGAAGCUAGGACAAGGUUCCUGACGCUGAGGACAAGGUACCUGACGCUGAGGACAAGGUUCCUGACGCUAGGGACAAGGUUCCUGACGCUAGGGACAAGGUUCCUGAUGCUGAGAACAAGGUUCCUGACGCUGAGGACAAGCUUCCUGACGUUGAGGACAAGGUAUCUGACGCUGAGGACAAGGUUCCUGACGCUGAGGACAAGGUUCCUGACGCUGAGGACAAGGUUCCUGACGCUGAGGACAAGGUUCCUGACGCUGAGGAUUUCGAACCUUUAGUUCUACUCUAAUUCAAAACCCGUCGUAGCAAAAACCUGAAUUUGCCAGGGUCUGAAAAUUGUAUUUUUGGCAUCUACGUUCAAUAGGCUUUCUGUCAAUGCCUCAUUUUUCCAUAACAAGACAGUUCGCGAACAUAAAAAGCAAGUUUUUUCAGCUGUGUAAUCGAAAAAGACAUGAAAGUUAAUAUUAUGCUGUUUCGAACCUUAUGUCCUAUUGAUUUUGAAGGCUCCUGGAGCAGAGUUUUGAAUUUGGGCCAGUCUCAAAAUUAUAUUUUUGGAAACAACGGUCAAUAGGCUUUUGGCCGAUGGCUUAUUCAGGCAUCACUAGGCCGUACGUGGAGAUAAAAAGCAUAUUUUUCCAGCUGUGUAAUCGAAAAAGACCUGAAAGUUAAUAUUAUGCUAUUUCGAACAUUUUGUUCUAUUGAAUUUCAAGGCCCUUUGUAGCAAACACUUGAAUUUGUCACGGUCUGAAAAUUGUAUUUUCGGAAUCUACGUUGAAUAGGCUUUCUGUCGAUGCCUCAUUCUUCCAUAACAAGACAGUUCGUGAACAUAAAAAGCAAGUUAUUUCAGCUGUGUAAUCGAAAAGGACGUGAAAGUUAAUAUUAUGCUGUUUCGGACCUUAUGUCCUAUUGAAUUUGAAGCCUCCUGUAGCAGAGUCUUGAAUUUGGGCCAAUCUCAAAAUGGUAUUUUUGGAAUCUACGGUCAAUAGGCUUUCUGUCAAUGCCUUACUCAGGCAUCACUAGGCCGUAGAUGGAGAUAAAAAACAGGUUUUAUCAGCUGUGUAAUCGAAAAAGACGUGAAAGUUAAUAUUAUGCUAUUUCGAACCCUUCGUUCUAUUGAAUUUGAAGGCCCUUGUAGCGAAAAUGACGCUGAGGACAAGGUACCUCACGCUGACAACAAGGUUCCUGACGCUGACGACAAGGUUCCUGACGCUGAGCACAAGGUUCGUGACGCUGAGGACAAGGUUCCUGACGCUGAGCACAAGGUUCCUGACGCUGAGGAAAAGGUUCCUGACGCUGAGGCCAAGGUUCCUGACGCUGAGGACAAGGUUUCUGACGCUGAGGACAAGGUGCCUGAUGCUGAGUACAAGGUUCCUGACGCUGAGGACAAGGUUCCUAACGCUGAGGACAACGUACCUCACGAUGAGAACAAGGUUCCUGACGCUGAGGACAACGUACCUGACGCUGAGGACAAGGUUCCUGACGCUGAGGACAAGGUUCCUAACGCGCAGGACAAGGUUCCUGACGCUGAGGACAAGGUUCCUGACAAUGAGCACAAGGUUCGUGACGCUGAGGACAAGGUUCCUGACGCUGAGGACAAUUUUUCCUGACGCUGAGGACAAGGUUCCUGAUGCUGAGGACAAGGUGCCUGAUGCUGAGUACAAGGUUCCUGACGCUGAGAACAAGGUUCCUAACGCUGAGCACAACGUACUUCACGAUGAAAACAAGGUUUCUGACGCUGAGGACAAGGUACCUCACGCUGAGUACAAGGUUCCUGACACUGAGGACAAGGUUCCUGACGCGCAGGACAAGGUUCCUGACGCUGAGGACAAGGUUCCUGACAAUGAGCACAAGGUUCGUGACGCUGAGGACAAGGUUCUGACGCUGAGGACAAGGUUCCUGACGCUGAGGGAGGACAAGGUUCCUGAUGCUGAGGACAAGGUGCCUGAUGGUGGGUUCUGA